CCGAGCGCUGCCGGUAGAGCUGCGCGAACGGGCGGACGCACGCACCGAACUGCGCGGCCGCACGCACGAGCUGCUGCCGCCGCUGCUGCUGCGGGAGCCGGCGGGGCCUGGUUGGUGAGGCUGCGCAGGCCCGACUGGCAUUCUCCGAGCCGCAGGUCUAUUAGACACCAUGAAGCUACUCCCAGAUCUCGGAGCUUGUUUUCUGCUCACCCUGCUCAGAGUGUGGACAUCCACUCCUAAGGCUUACGCUGUGUCCACAGGGACAACAGCCAUCAGUGCGGCCUCUUUUCUGCAUGACCUCAUGCAUCGCUAUGGAGAGGGUGACAGUCUCACCCUACAGGAGCUGAAGGCACUGCUCAACCACCUGGAUGUGGGGGUAGGCCGAGGCAACUUGAGCCAGUCUGUGCCGGAACCUCAGAGCCUGUCCACGUGCUUCAGCUCUGAAGACCUCUUUGCUGCUCACAACUUUAGUGACCAUUUGAGGAUCGGGAGGAGUGAGUUCCAGGAGUUCUGCCCUACCAUCUUGCAGCAGCUGGACUCGAGGGCCUGCUCCCCUGAGAACCAGGAGAAUGAGGAGAAUGAGCAGACUGAAGAGGGAAAGCCCAGUGCUUUUGAAGUGUGGGGCUUUGGUUUCCUCAGUGUCUCACUGAUUAACCUGGCCUCUCUCCUGGGAGUCCUCGUCUUGCCGUGCACAGAAAAAGCGUUUUUCAGCCGUGUGCUCACUUACUUCAUCGCCCUGUCCAUUGGAACGCUGCUCUCUAACGCGCUCUUCCAGCUCAUCCCCGAGGCUUUUGGCUUCAACCCUCUGGAAGAUUAUUAUGUCUCCAAGUCUGCAGUGGUAUUUGGUGGCUUUUACCUUUUCUUUUUCACAGAGAAGAUCUUGAAGAUGCUUCUGAAGCAAAAGAAUGAGCAUCAUCACGGGCACAGCCAUUAUGCCUCUGAGACACUGCCAUCCAAAAAGGACCACGAGGAGGGGGUGACGGAGAAGCUGCAGAACGGGGAUCUGGACCACAUGAUACCUCAGCACUGCAGCAGUGAGCCGGACGGCAAGGCCCCGGGUGUGGAUGAGAAGGUCAUCGUGGGUUCGCUGUCUGUGCAGGACCUCCAGGCUUCACAGAGCACGUGCUACUGGUUGAAAGGCGUGCGCUACUCCGACAUUGGCACUCUGGCCUGGAUGAUCACCCUGAGCGACGGCCUUCACAAUUUCAUCGAUGGUCUGGCCAUUGGUGCCUCCUUCACUGUGUCCGUCUUCCAAGGCAUCAGCACCUCGGUGGCCAUCCUCUGUGAGGAGUUCCCACAUGAGCUGGGGGACUUUGUUAUCCUGCUCAACGCCGGCAUGAGCAUCCAGCAAGCCCUCUUCUUCAACUUUCUCUCGGCCUGCUGCUGCUACGUGGGCCUGGCCUUCGGCAUCCUGGCUGGCAGCCAUUUCUCUGCCAACUGGAUCUUUGCACUGGCUGGAGGAAUGUUCUUAUAUAUCGCUCUGGCUGACAUGUUUCCCGAGAUGAAUGAGGUCUGCCAAGAGGAUGAACGGAAGGGCAGCGUCCUGGUUCCCUUUGCCAUCCAGAACCUGGGGCUCCUGACAGGCUUUGCCAUCAUGCUGUUGCUCACAAUGUACUCGGGGCAGAUCCAGAUCGGCUAGAGCCACUGCAUGACAGCAGGACGGGGUCAAGCCCCUCGGAGGGCAGCUGCAGCAGAGACUGCUGUGGACCGUCCUGUGCUCUGUUGGCGGCUGUGGCGACAUUGUGGAACUCUCUCCCGGGAAGAAGCUGCCCUGGUCCCUCUUGGCUGUGCCCCUCCUCUCCUCAGUGACUUUGGAGCCCCAGUGUGGCUUCCAAUGAAUGUGACUUCCCUAUGGGUCCCCUCACCUUGCUCUCUGAACCAGCACCACGAGGUGUUGAGUCCUUUUGCAACAAUGCAAAAAUGUAGCGGUUAGUCCUAACCCAGUUAGAAAUAGCAGUGAAUGUUAUAUGAACAUGUGUUCUGGACAUGGAGAUGGCCCAUGGCCCAUUCUCUGGUUGGGUCAUAUAGCCUGUUCAGAUGACUGUUUACCCUAAUAUUCGAAUGUCAGGGCAAGAGAAGGGGCGGUGAUGGUGUCCAGAAACAUCCUGGUGUUGGGGAUACACCUGGUCUCAGCAGCAGGUGGGCUGAGUCCCUAUUUUGUCAGGCUCACACUUAGAGGCCAAGAUGGAGGCCUGGGGUAAUUGGUUGCUGGGGUCCUCCUGCCUACUUCCCUGGUAGCUGCUGGCUGCCAGCUACCACCUUCAAAGCACACUGAGCAUGUCAGUGUGGCUAAACUCGGUGAACUCCCCAGGGUCACCUCCCAGGCUGGCCUGCAGCCCCAGUGCAGCCGGGCCCUGCUGGACAGGUGACUCGGAGCUGGGGCCAACGUAGGGUUUUGUUUAUCUUCUGAUAAGAAGUCCGAGGUGGCUGGUUCACUGUCUAGAAGACCUGCUAAGGACACUGUAGAUGGGUGUGAACACACUGCCAGGCCCGUCCCCUCCUCCCGCACCCCAUUCUAGAAAGGGCCAAUCCUGUAAUGAAUUGAUUUCCCAUUGCUCUAACUCUUCAGAAAGUGGGUCACACGUGUCUGGGAGACUGUAGGCUAGCCCAGGCCCAGUGAGACCCUCCACGACCUUGGCUUCAAGGGGAGCUCACCUUCAGCUUCACUAGGUGAAUUGAAUUAUUAUUAUCAUAUUGAUAAUGUGAGAUUCCUGAGCCACUCUGGGGAGCCUCUCUCCUCAGAAGCCUUCCACUCGUGGUGCCACAGUUGCAGCCCCGAGGCUGUCUGGGAACAGCUUUGUGAGGGUGCCUGGCACAGGAAAGCAUAAUACUCUGCAGAAAUUAGUUAUUUUUUUGUUUUAUGGGAAAUGUCUCUAAAACAGAUUCAU